GGGUGGUCGAGCGGAACUGUUUUCGGCAGGAAAGGCAGAGUGGUGAUGGUUGGAUGUGAGAGGUGGAUUAGGCACAUCAAUCAUUUGAGACCGAACCAUGACAAAACCCAAGGUCCCCACAAACCACCAGGUUUGCAUUGGGACAUUCUACUAGACACGUUUGAGCUGGAAGUUGAGGAUCAGCAACCCGUGGAGACGAAACAAAUGCCGCAGAAACCAGAUGCACAAUGCAUACCGGCCCUGAAGCGAAGACCACGAUGGCUGCAACUCGAUCUUCGGGGGAAAAGCUACGAACGAAAUUAGGUUAGAAGGGUUUGCAAGCUGACUCAAUUCGGAAACGGAGGUGAUAGCUGGUCGAGAAUGCUGAUUGCCAACGUGUGCGUUUUUGCCACAAAUCGUGCUUGGGAAAGACCCUGCGAGCAUGUUGCCAUGGCACAGCCGACAGUUGAUGAAAUCGCGCAUCAGACAGCAAGCGUGUUGCCAAGGCCUGACCAGAAGCUGCUUAAAUCGCGCGUCAGACAUCAUGUAGGCGGAUGAAGACGCGUGUCUGAGCCAGGCGGUGAACUU